UAAUAACGUCUCUCCCAUAGAUCGAAGAGAACAGAAGAGAGGAGGAGAGGAGAAGAGCGGCGCCGCCGGCGGAGGGGGUCUGGAUCAGGAACGGGGAUGGCGGAGUUUCCAAUCCCCAGCUGAGAGACCUCAUUCUCAUGCAGGAAAACACACACAGAGCUUGUUAGGAAGAGGUGAGGAUGGUCCACAGCUGAGAGAUCUGUGACUUCCCCUCAGCCCUCUAAUAAUCCCAGCAGGACCUGGGAGAAACAGGCAAGCUUCUGUACUCGUACCAUCUCCAUGACUAAGCCUGACGGGUGCUCCCCUUAUAAGAACACCAACUUUCUGUCUGUUGGAGGCUUGUACCGUAUAAGACGCCUGUUGCUUAUGAAUGAGUCUUGUCUCUGGGUGAUCUGUUUUGAGGACCCUCAGUUACAUUCUGCCACACGGGUCUGUCGUGAUUAUACAAAGCAGGAUCAAAAUCACAAGAGAAGAUGCAGAUAAAAUGUAAACACACAUUAUUUCACAAGUCCAGAGCCUCAUCAUUACAACCACUUCGCUUCUGAGUAUGCUGCUGGCCGGCCAUGCCUUUCUUGGACUGGUACCUCCGGCGCUCGUUGGCAACGUGGCUGCUGUUACACAGCUUGGUCCUCAUGUCCUUCUGCUUCCAGUCUGCUACAACUUUUCCCAAAGGCUGUCAUUCCUCCCAGGAGGAUGGCUACAAGACUCUGCGGUGCAGCAAUGCCCAGCUCACAGAAGUACCCAGAGACAUUCCCAAUGACACUAAUCGUCUAUACUUAGACUUCAACCAAAUCACCUACCUCCCUUCUGACGCUUUCCGAAACCUCCCGGUUCUUAUGGAGCUAGACCUAUCACACAAUUCCUUGGGUCGUCUAGAUGUUACAGCUUUCAGGGGCUUGAGUGACCACUUACAUUCACUAGACCUGUCUUCAAACAAAUUGGUGUCCGUCAACAAAGAAGUCUUUGCUAACCUGAAGGCCAGAACGAACCUCUCUGGCAACCCAUGGAUGUGUGACUGUGAUCUUCAAGAACUUAUUCGAAUGGUGGAGUUGGACCCAAGUUCCUCCAGUGGGAUUGUGUGUGCUAGUUCUGUGCUAGAGGAGCACGCUGGCAAGCCCUUCUUGCAGGUGGUGAAAGAUAUUGACCUAUGCAAUGCUUAUAAGAGAACCACUGAUGUGGCCAUGCUUGUCACAAUGUUUGGAUGGUUUGCCAUGGUGAUUUCCUACUUGGUAUAUUAUGUACGUCAGAACCAGGAGGAUGCUCGACGUCACCUUGAGUACCUCAAAUCCCUGCCAAGUAAGCAGAUGCACACUGAGGAGCCUUCUACACUCAGCACUGUGGUAUGACUCAGUGAGGGGAGUAAAUGGAAGAGCACGUAAUUUGUUAUACUGGAAGGUGCUCCUAUUGCAGAUAUCACACCCCCAGUUAUUAUCGAGAAUCCCCAUAUUUUCAGAUAAUUUUACAAAUGUCGUUGAUUGUCAGUUAAGUUGAUUAGUCCUCUAUUUAUAUAUAUAUAUAUAUAUAUAUAUAUAUAUAUAUAUAAACUUUUUUUUGUAAAAUGUAUAAGACUGAAUCAUAAAUACAUCUAGAGUACUUAUAGUGAAAGGAAACAAACUUCCAAUUCUUGGUCUCACCUAAUAUUUAGGUUGACUUGUCCAAGUUUCUUUUAUGUAUCUUCAUAAAGGGGUUAAUACAUUUUAGGUGAAUUAAUGUUAUAUUUUUUUCUCACAGAGACUUUAGGUAUUAUUAAUCCCCAGCAACAAGACAUAAAAAGGCAUCGCAGAUGCAGCCUGGCUUUGGCCUGUAGUUCUGUUUUCAUGUCUAUGAAGCUUCGGCUAUUUGGAUAUUAUAUUAGGAUUUCCCUGUUACUAAAAAUUAGAGAUGAGCGGAUUCGGUUUUACUCGGUUUUACUCGGUUCUCAAAACCGAAUCUUAUUGGCUAUCCAAAACACGUGACAUCCGUGAGCCAAUUAGAUGCCGUUUUGAGAACCGAGUAAAACCGAGUAAAACCGAACCCGCUCAUCUCUACUAAAAAUAGCAAACUGUCUUGUCUUCAUCUUUUCGGAGAAUUAGAGUUGACCUUAUUAGUGUUCUUGUAUGUGCUAUGUGCAUUGUAUGUAUUUGUAUCUGACCUACAUCUAGGAUAUGGUUGCCUCCAUUACACUCAGGGGCUCCGAGGAGUGGUGGACUAAUUACCCGGGCCUGGAACUUUUGGAGGGUCAGCUGCUGAGGGUACCAGAUGUGGCACUGCGUUGCGGUGUUUUGCAUAGUAUUUUCCAUUGUCUUUUUCCAGAGGGGGCAUGGUCAUGCCUCCUAGAAUUGGCCACGCCCCCUUCAGUACCCAAUCUGCACAGCUGUCUCAGUAACCAUGAUCACACUGACACAUUAAUAUUUUUUUUGCAUUUGAAGUAUUGAAACCUUAGAUUCGCCAAGCAAGGGAUUUAAACACACCACCAGGGCUGCCAUCAGCAAUUAUUGGACCCAGGACUGAGGAAAUUGUCAGGGCCCCUCUUCUCGGGAUGAGGGCAGGGCAAGAGGAAAAGUGGUUGCACAGGACACAAGUGAAAAGUGGUUGAUGGGGGAUAAAUGUUAGAUUUAGGUGGGAGGACAGAUAUAAUAAGAGGUGUAAUAGGAGACCCAGGUAAAGGAAGUAGGGAAAAGGAAGACCACACACACAAAGGAAACAGAAAAAAAGAAACACUGGGGCAAGAGAGAUAUUCACACAGGUGACUGAUGAGGCAGGGGGCUUUGAGACAUACACACUGCUGGUGAUUGGGGGGGGAAAGGUAGGGCCUGAGGGGGGAUAUGGCGACGGGGUGACUGAGCAGUCCCCCUUUGAUGCAGAAGUCAUAUAUUACACUUUUUCCCCUGAGAUGUGGCUCACCUGCUGGAGCCCUGGAAACAGAUCUUGCAGGUUGGUGUCGCUGCUCUCUCUGCUGUCCGAAUUGGGGAGAGAUAGUUACAGCAAAUGCUGCAUGCUCCCCAUCCUCCUCCACUGACUUUUGUUUUGUUUUUUUUGUUUUUUUCUCAGUCCCAUCAGUCUGCAGAGAGGGUAGCCCAGGACGGGCGGUAGCAGUGUACAGUGCAUCCAGAAAGUAUUCACCGUGCUUCACUUUUUCCACAUAAUGUUAUGUUACAGCCUUAUUCCAAAAUUGAAUAAAUUCAAUUUCCGCCUUAAAAUUCUACACACAAUACCCCAUAAUGACAACGCAAAAUUUUUGCAAAUUUCUUAAAAAUAAAAAAACGAAGAAAUCACAUGUACAUAAGUAUUCACAGCCUUUGCUCAAUACUUUGUUGAUGCACCUUUGGCAGCAAUUACAGCCUCAAGUCUCUUUGAAUAUGAUGCCACAAGCUUGGCACACCUAUCUUUGGGCAGUUUCGCCCAUUCCUCUUUGCAGCACCUCUCAAGCUACAGCAGGUUGCAUGGGAAGCGUCGGUACACAGCCAUUUUCAGAUCUCUCCAGAGAUGUUGAAUCGGAUUCAAGUCUGGGCUCUGGCUGGGCCACUCAAGGACAUUCACAGAGUUGUCCUGAAGCCACUCCUUUGAUAUCUUGGCUGUGUGCUUAGGGUCGUUGUCCUGCUAAAAGAAGAACCGUCGCCCCAGUCUGAGGUCAAGAGCGCUCUGAAGCAGGUUUUCAUCCAGGAUGUCUCUGUACAUUACUGCAUUCAUCUUUCUCUCUAUUCUGACUAGUCUCCCAGUUCCUGCCGCUGAAAAACAUCCCCACAGCAUGAUGCUGUCACCACCAUGAUUCACUGUAGGAAUGGUAUUGGCCUGGUGAUGAGCAUCGCCUGGUUUCCUCCAAACAUGACGCCUGGCAUUUACACUAAAGAGUUCAAUCUUUGCCUCAUCAGACCAGAGAAUUUUGUUUCUCAUGGUCUGAGAGUCCUUCAGGCACAUUUUGGCAAACUCCAGGUGGCCUGCCAUGUGCUUUUACUAAGGAGUGGCUUCCGUCUGGCCACUCUACCAUACAGGCCUGAUUGGUGGAUUGCUGCAGAGAUGGUUGUCCUUCUGGAAGGUUCUCCUCUCUCCACAGAGGAAUGCUGUAGCUCUGACAGAGUGACCAUCUGGUUCUUGGUCACCUCCUUGACUAGGGCCCUUCUCCCCCGAUCGCUCAGUUUAGACGGCUAGCUAGCUCUAGGAAGUCCUGGUGGUUCUUAACUUCUUCCAUUUACGAAUGAUGGAGGCCACUGCGCUCAUUGAGACCUUCAAAGCAGCAGAUAUUUUUCUGUACCCUUCCCCAGAUUUGUGCCUCGAGACAAUCCUGUUUCGGAGGUCUACAGACAAUUCCUUUGACUUCAUGUUUGGUUUGUGCUCAGACAUGCACUAUCAAGUGUGAGACCUUUAUAUAUAGACAGGUGUGUGCCUUUCCAAAUCAUGUCCAAUCAACUCAAUUUACCACAAGUGGACUCCAAUUAAGCUGUAGGAACAUCUCAAGGAUGAUCAGUGAAAACAGGAUGCACCUGAGCUCAAUUUUGAGCUUCAUGGCAAAGGCUGUGAAUACUUAUGUACAUGUGAUUUCUUAGUUUUUUUUAUUUUUAAUACAUUUGCAAAAACCUAAACUUUUUCCACGUUGUCAUUCUGGGGUAUUGUGUGUAGAAUUUUGAGGGAAACAAUUAUUUUAUUCCAUUUUGGAAUAAGGAUGUAACAUAAAAUGUGGAAAAAGUGAAGCGCUGUGAAUACUUUCUGGAUUCGCCUGCUGGUGCACCAUCUGCAAAGACGGCAGUGCAUUUGGAGCCAGCCAUAAGCCAAUCACCUGGAGCUGAAUGUCUGCCUGCUGAUGCGUCAGCUGCAAACAGCUGGCAGCCCCAAUCUACACUACUGCCAUCUGGGCCCCCUCUCUUUCUAGGCAGCCAGGUAGUCCUCCAUAACCCUGCCAACAAAAAAGAGAUGGAUGUGACAGGCAUGCUGUUUGUGAUUCCUCUUCCUUUUGACCAAAUAGCACAAUCUACCUAUAAUGCAGGCAGGGCCUCUGAGGGUUGAUACUCUUUAUUCGGGUCUAUGCUUCUGGAGAAGCCUGCAGGGGCCUGUGUCCACCCCGCCCAUCUUCCCCCUAGAACAGUGAUGGCUAACCUUGACACUCCAGCUGUUGUUGAACUACACAUCCCAGCA